AUAACAAAUCGGGCUACAGGUGAUUCCACCUACAACCCUUUCGAUUACUCACACUUAACAUUUGCGUGGUAAUUUACUCCAUCAUAUUGGCGCCACCCGUGGGACCUAUUACAAAAAAGUCAUGGCCAGUAAUCAGGAAACCGUGAUCUCACAAAUUUCUACUCCCGCUAAGAAUGUCAUUUCAUUCUCGGGAGGAAGUUCCCAACCGUCAAGCCAGGUUCCUACCCCCAUCAUCACCAUUCCACCACCUAUCCCAUUCACUUCCCCCGUGAACCCUGUUCCCGUUUUUCCUUCAAAUUUCCCCGGACCCCUUGAUCCAAUGUACAGCCAGGCUCUUCAGAAUUUUGGACAUUUCAUGUCCAUGUUCCAGCAGCCAGGAGGGUUUUCACUUUUCAAUCCGGGAUUGUAUCCACAAUCCUCGCCUCAAACUAACGUCAUUCGCUCGAUCGUUCCGACAAACCUGAUCGGGGAGAUGGAUAAAGCUGGUCCAUCCCGGUCUAGAAAGAGCCGGUCCCGUAGGUCGCAGACAAAGGUGACCUUGGACGGGGAUGUGCGUUCAGUGCACAGCAAAGACGAGGAUUGGGACGUCCCCCAGGCGGUCAAGAAGUUGAAGGGAAAGGCAGUUCAGCCAGAAGGAUCUAGGAGGUCGGCCUUUCAGAGACUUGGCCAUGAUGGCCGAAAUCAGAACCGGUCAGCAAAAGAGCGGCUUGGGGUAGAAACCAUCCCAGCUAGUGCAUUUAAUCGUGCAGGGAGAGGAGCCGGACGACCUGGUCAGACCAGGCGAACGGAGCCAUCCCCACGCAAUGAGCCCCAGCACAGCCGGGCACCACGAGAGGAAGAAGCCGAAAGCCACCCCAGGCACACGACCCGUCCACAUGUUGAACAACCUCGGGAUCGUGUGGGCCGGGUCGAGGCACGUCUGGAGAAACUACAAUGUCGGGUAGACCGAGAAGAAAAGAAGAAGAUUCUGCUGAACGAAUCUCUGUUCACAGACCGGGUUCAUGAAACACCAUUUCCAAAGAAGGUGAAACUUGAAGUCCCGAAGUUCACCGGGAAGGAGGACCCGGAAAUUCACGUCAAAACCCUCCAUCAAAGUGGGCGGAUGAUGGGUCUUUCCGGGGAUGAGAAAUGUUUGCUUUUCUUUCAGACCCUCCGCGGCCGAGCCGCCGAGUGGUUUCAUAACUUACCGGCCGGUGAAAUCGAUUCUUUCGAUGAACUGGCUGAGGUGUUUCAAGAAAAGUUCAAAGAAAACUCAAUGUCCCUCCUUGUAUCCGGGCUCCGGUCCGGAGAACUAUACAAAGAAUUCUGCAGGAGGCCUCCCCAGUCCUAUCAAGAGGCCUAUAACACGGCCUGGGACUAUGCUGACGCUGAAGCCCAGGUGUCAUCCAAGAGGGAAGCCGAGCAGGGCCACUCAAAGGGAAAAGUUUCCUUGAAAAAGGAAAUUACAUUGCCCGGUAAGAUAAAAGCAGAAGUCAUGGAGGUAAAACCGGUCAAAACAAAGAAGAAACUGACCGGCGAGAAACAAUGGACGGAGAAGUAUUGCUCCUUUCAAAAAACUGAUUCCCAUAACACUGCAGAGUGUAAUAGUGUGAAGGGGGUAAUAAAGCAGAUGAUUUUGGCCGGUGAGAUUGAUCCUGAAUAUCUGGCCCAAGCUAAGCAAAAGAAGAACCAAUGGGUCAGACCAAAAGGACAACCGGCCGAGCAGAAUAAAAAGAAGAAAACCACUGGUAAAGAGCAUUUACAGGUCAUCUACGGUGGACCGGAAGGGGGAGAUUCUGCUUCCCAAAGGAAUAAGUGGGGGCGAGAACUCUACGUGGGGACGGUAGCCCUCCAUCCCCGGUCAAAACAAGCAAGACGGGAACCGAUCACUUUUACUGACCGGGACCUCCCCGCCACCGGAGAAGAUCACAAUGACCCCCUGGUUAUAACUAUGGACAUGGGUGGAGUCGAUGUCUCCCGGGUACUCGUUGACACGGGAAGUAGUGUCAACGUUUUGUACUUGGAUGCAUUUGAAAAGCUCAUGUUGUGUCGGACACGGCUUGAGCCCUUAAAGACUCCCCUAUCCGGGUUCACUGGGGACUCUGUUGAAGCUGAAGGGUCAAUCCUUCUUACUUCCCGCCGCCAUCGUCGUCGUUCAAUUGGAGCCGCCGUCGCCUUCCCCAGCCGGUCGCGCAAGCCAGACCGCCGUCGCCCGUCGCUGGAAGCCAGAGCGCCGCCGCUGCUUCCUUCGCCUCCAGCCGCCGUCGCUCACCGCCGUGAGCCAGUGCCGGUCGCUCAUCGCCGCCGCCGAGUUGCAGCGCCGCCGCUGCUUCCUUCGCUGGUAGCCGCCGCUCAGCGUCCCCGAGCCUCGAGCCGCCGUCGCCUGAGCUUCCAGUCACCGUCGCCGCAUCCGGCCGCUGCCCCGAGUUGAUAUCGCCGGCAGAUUAACCCCCACGCCGGAUAGAUUGGUCAAUUUCGUAUUUUGACUCGAUUUGACCCGUUCGGUUGAUUUCGUUGAUUUGUCUUCCGUUCGAGCUAUCGAUUCGAUUUCGACGUAAUCCAGGUCCGUACUAUGAAGUUAAUAGCAUUCAGAAUAGAUUUAAUGGUUUGGA